AUGUCACACAGCCGGGUUUCCUUUCUAACCGCCCCAGUGGGCUCAAGGGGUGCAGGGAGUCAGGGCCACGUGAUCUGCAUCUGUGUCCUGGGCAAAGCAGGGGCACAGCCCAGCAGGGUUAGCCAGGGGGCAACGCCACGCCCAGCAUCCAAAGGACCACUGCAGGUGAUACACCAAAAACCCCACUUCUGGAGCUCUGUGGCCAAAGAAUGUGACGGCAAGAACCAGUCGCCCAUCAACAUUGUCACCCGCGACGUGGAAUACGACUGGAGCCUCCCCCCGUUCUGCUUUGAGAAGUACGAGGAGGCACAGCCGUCUGACUGGACCAUAGAAAACGACGGCCAUACAGUCAAAGUGACACUCGAUGAAUGGGCAAAGAUCUCGAUGGGUGGUCUCCCGGGGGCAUACAAAGCUCUGCAGUUCCAUUUCCACUGGGGGAACAACGAAAGCCGGAAAGGGACAAGCUCUGGAUUGGAGCACAGCAUUGACGGAGAGAGAUUCGCCAUGGAGCUCCACAUUGUCCACAUGAAGGACGAAUUCGACUCGAUAGAGAAAGCACUCGAAAGUAACGGCCUGGCCGUGCUGGGCUUCUUUAUAAAGGCUGGCGAAGUGAACGUGAAUUACGUCCCCCUGAUUUCAAAGUUACAAGACAUCCCUUUCCCAAAGAACAAGACAAAGAUGCCAGCUUUGCCCCUGGAGUCCCUCAUCCCUAAAAUGGAAGAUCUCAUCAGCUACUAUCGAUACACGGGCUCUCUCACCACACCUGGAUGCAAUGAGGGAGUCCAGUGGACCUUGUUUGAGUAACCGAUUGAACUUGGCUUGUCACAGAUUCAAGAAUUCUGGAUGAAGCUCUACUUUGGCAAGAACAAGGACUGGCCGAUGGCAGAUAACUUUCGACCUGUUCAGCCCUUGGGUGACCGUGUCGUCUACAAGUCAGAGUCCAACGCCCUGCUGCCUGCAGCAAAAUCAUUGCUGCUGAUCCCCACGGCCGCCUCUCUCCUGCUCUCCGUGAUCCACUGAAGGGUUGUGCAGCUUUCUGUAGCUUUCUCUUAAUUUGCCUCUCAAAAGACCCCAAUCACGAAAGAUUCAGCUGGUGAGCUACAGACGUGUAACGCCAGCAGGUGGGGGCUUGCUCUGACCAAAAAGGGACGAUAACGUCACUACCAACAUACUGUAUUUACCUGAAUCCAAGACUAGUUUUUCCCCCAAGUUAUUUGAUUUUAGAAAUCAAGAGGUUCUCCUAAAUUCAGAGUCCUCUUCCUUUUGGAUAAACACAAGUAUAACCUGUAUUUAACCUGUAUUUUU